AAAGCUUCUUUCUAAUGUUCCGAUGGUUUGAUUUUUUUUUAGGUUGUACCAUUUUUAAGUUUCAAAUUUAUUUGAGUAAUGGUUUCAAGUGUUACAGAUUCAGCUAGAAGAUGGAAGAAGUCUACCGUAUGUGGCCAGGGUGCUAACAUUCCCAGAACAAUUGUCCGAAGAUUCUUCCAUCGACCAAGAUGCUGGAAGUUGCUUAAAGAGGCAUGGAUCAGGUCGCCAUCGGGUCACAUCUCAGAGAGAUUUUAUUGAUUCGAAUGUACUCCAUAAUCUACAUUCUACCGCUGUUAGGAUCGCGUAAUGACUUCAACAAGCUAGAAAUGUUAAUGUCAAUUUACGCACUGAGGAAGACUUUCAGAAGCUAGAUUACCUGCGAGAAAGCCUGCCACUGGUCCAGAAGUUCUGACAAGGCACGGAACAGGUGAGUCAAGGUUUUGUUUGAGGUUUUCUGAAGGCCCAGAGAGGGAUUAGAGAAGAUCAGGAGAGAGAGAGAGAGAGAGAUGCCCAAAACAUUGUCACUCCGGAGGACGUAUGGAGGUUUGGGCAGGCAUUUGUACAGUGUUUGAUUUUGAAGUGAUUGUUAAUCAUACUGUUAUCAUUGAUUCCACCUGGGCGUUAGGGCAGCUAGGGCAUUACAACCGCAGCCGAGAGGUUUCAAAAGCCGUAACGAUAAACAAUCCCCAAAAUCCAGACAAUUUGGCAAUUUUGAUAAAUAUAAAAACCAAACCGAAAUUGGAGUUUUAUUUGAAAUUUUUCUGGCAUGUCUAUAGAUGAGCUUUUGCCCAUUCUGAAGGAGAAUCUGUACGAGGUAAACGGAGGAAAUUCAAAUGGCAUUUUCAUCUCUGAAAGAGGUUAUGCGAUAUCAUUUUGUCUAUUACUCUCAGACCCAAAUGAGAAACAUGAAUUGACCAAUUUAAUUUGGGAUUCAGGUGGCCGUGUUGAACAAGACCUAACUAACCUCCUCCCAAGGACUGUGGUCCUUGUAGAUGGAGAGGAAUCCGUCCGUCAUGGUGUUAUCAACAGGAUUUCAUUUAAAUCACAGUAUGUGAAGGAUUGCGUCAACUCAUGCACCCUACUGCCGUUGAACAACUACGUCUAUGGUGUGAAUAGAAAUGUCGUAGAUAAUUUUUUCGAAGUUAUAUACUAUAGAACGAGGGUUUUUAAGUUUCUCGAUGAGCCUAGCCUUUCAGGGUUUGUCAACUGCUAUACGGUCAAAUGCAAUGAUGUCAAUGAAAAAUGUACAUCUGAACUUACAUUGAAGGAUGAAACAAAUAUACAACCAACAAAAGAGGUUAAGAAAUUGCCCAGGAUCAAUGAGAAUUAUCAAAAGAACAUUGCUUAUAAGAAACUCAUUGCCAAAGAGAAUUCGGACGAUGAUGAUGAUUUCGGUCCUAUGACAUUUGCUAAGCAAACCAAGCUGACCUACAAAAGUCCAUAUACCAGGCAAGAAAAAGAAGCGAUACUCAAAUUUCUCAUACGGAAAAACUAUCUCACUGGUCUCCGUGGCUCUCUGAUCUGGAAGGAAAUGGAAAAGGCACAGAUUUGCCCAAAUAGGACCUACCAAAGUUUGAAAAACCAUUUUUUAAAAACAUUAAUAUUUGAACUUGACAGAUAUAAUUUUUUAACAUACGAUGAGAAGAUUAUGAUGCGGGGAAACAAAGGUUGAUUAUACGAGAAUGUUUGGAUCUCUAGUACACUUACGCUCAAAGCUUUCAGAAAUAUGUUUACUAUUAUUGUACUAAUGAAGGAGGUUUAAACAAUAUAUAAAUGUGCAUGUUGAUAAAUUGUUGAUAUUGUAUAUUUUUCAUCUUUGUUAAAUUCAAUUGUUAUACACAUAAUUUAUACUUUAAAAAAUCUCUG